ACUUGAGUUAUAAUCAUGAAAAAUUAAGAACGAGAGUGUCUAGAUUAUGGGGAAAAUGGCAUACAAAAUGGCCAUGCAGUUGGGUUCAAAUUUUAAUUCACAAGGCUGGCGUGGUCCGUUUGUGGGAACUUGAAUUCAUUCUGAUUGGUUAUCUGAUCUGCGAUUUCGGUGUUUCCGUGUAGGAUUGGUUUAACCGAUCCGAACAUGAACUCCUCCAUUCAAUUCUUUCUCAUCUUAUUUUUCUUUAUUAAAUCUUCAUUCCGUUUUAUCAAUCAUUUCAAGCCAAUCACCUGCACUCGCCUCCUGUUUCCAUUUGCCGCCAAUUAAAUUUCCCAGAAAUUUUGCUGCAAAAUCCUCCAGGUUUGACCACUCAAUCUUCAUUGACUUACUACAAUAAUCCCAAGCAGGUUUCCGAUUCGAUUGUGUGUUAUUUAUCGGAUUUUUCCUUUCCAUUUGUUGAGAGGGAAAAUCUCAACGAUUUUCUCGACCCUCUCACUGUUUGUCGCGCCAUUUUUUUUGUACGGUUUCGUGCCUUAAAAUCUCGAAUCUGGGUUUCGGUUUGAUUUCGGUGCUAUAGACUCUCCAUCUUGCUAUUUGGAAAUUUCUCUGUAUGGAUUUUGAACUUGUUAGAAGGGGCUUGGGAUUCUCCGAAAGGAGGAAGAAAUGGCUUGUUCUAUUGGCUCUCAUGGGGGUCUCUGGUUACGGAGUUUAUAAGGUCUAUCAUUUUCCCUACGUCGAGAGGAAGAGGAAGAGGCUGAUGAAGCUCUUCGGUGCCAUGAUUUCCGUCGCUGAAAUGGUUGCGGAUUCUUCUGAAGCAAUCGGAGUAAUUUCUAAAGAUUUGAAGGAGUUUCUGAAAUCUGACUCCGAUCAAAUUCCCAACAGCUUGAAGCAAAUUUCCAAACUCGCUAAAUCGGAGGAAUUUUCGGAGUCUCUGGAGAAGGUCACCGAGGCAUUUACGGUUGGGAUGAUGAGAGGGUAUAAAUCCGUAACAAAGAACGACGGAAAUUUGGAGGCUGAUUCGGUGAAUUCGAGCUCUUCUUCUGGCGUCGUCGAGAAGCUUUUCUCAACAGCCGGGACUGGUUUUGCUUCUGUUGUGGUUGGAAGUUUUGCAAAGAAUUUGGUGAUGGGAUAUUACUCGAUCCCUGGAUCAGUCGAUGAUGCUUACAAAUCUGGAUCUGAAUUUUCAGACGUGCCUAGAUGGGUAACUGUGGCCUCCGAUGAGAAAUGCAAGAAUGUUAUAGCAGAUUGCAUACAAGUUUUUGUUAGCACUGCAGUUUCUGUAUAUCUUGAUAAAACAAUGGAUGUUAAUGUGUACAAUGAUCUCUUUAGUGGAUUGACCAAUCCCACUCAUCAGGACAAGGUGAAGGACAUGGUUGUUUCUGUUUGUAAUGGCGCUGUGGAAACUCUUGUAAAAACAUCUCACCAGGUCUUGACAAGCUCGCGAUCGACUUCGAAUUUGAGUCCGGUUUCAUCCUGUAAUGGACUGCCAAAGCUAGGAGACAAUCUCUUUUCAGAAGAAGCUUCUUCAAAGAAGAUGGCUGCGGGCAGCUCAAUUGAGAGUAGCCAAAAUGGGUGGAUUGACACAGUUUCAUCUACUCUGGCAGUUCCUAGAAACAGGAAGUUUGUGCUUGAUUUAACUGGUAGAGUGACAUUUGAAACGACAAGAUCUGUUGUGGAUUUUUUGUUGUGGAAGCUAAUGGAUGGUCUCAAGAGAAGUUUUGGUAUAGUUCAUGAUGAAGUUGUGGGUAGGGGUUUGGAAGUCGUAAGCUACUUCAGUGCAAAGUCUUCUGUUAUUGUUACAAUUUGUGUAGCAUUAUAUCUACAUGUUUUUGAUGGCACCGGGAUUCUGUUAUCUGCAUAAUAAUAGAGCGGAAAACAGUUCAAGCCACUUAGAUUAGAAAGUAUAUACCAGUGUUGCAUUUAGGGAUGCUUUUGAUAUAUUCUAAUACAGUUGAGAGCCAAGUUCUUCAUUCACCCAUAUUGAUGCACUUCAAAUAGCUACAUGACUUGGAAGCCUAAUCCAAUUUCACCAUUGUUCCAAACACCCUACAGCGGGUUCAUUAUGAUUGAGUAACAACCCAAACCCAGAUAUUGUUCGCUUUAACCUGCUACGUAUCGCCAUCAGCCUCACGGUUAUAGAACGUUUUUGUUAGGGAGAGGUUUCCACACCCUUAUAAGAAAUGCUUUGUUCCCCUCUCCAACCGAUGUGGGAUCUCUCAAUCCACCCCUCUUGGGGGCCCGACGUCCUCGCUGACUACUUUGUGAUUGGCUUUGAUACCAUUAGUAACCGCCCAAAUUCAUCGCUAGCAGAUUAUGUUUGCUUUAGCUUGUUACGUAUUGGUGUCAGUCUCACGGUUUUAAAAUGCGUCUGUUAGGGGGAGAGUUCCACACCCUUAUAAGGAAUGCUUCGUUUCCCUCUCCGUCUCACGUAUUGAUUCAUGUCUCUCUUUACCUCUCUUUCUCAACUCAGCAUGUCAUACUUACUGAAGGCUUUAGAAUAGAGGCAGUUCCAUUUGACUUUUACUUUCAUUUCUCAACGACUUGUACAAGUUUCCUUUUCUUUUGGAGCUGUAAACAUAGAUUUCUUCUAUGCCAAUUAUAAAGGUUCUAUGAUUCACGUAAUUGACUCCGCAGGACUGAUUUUCUCUCAUUACCCCACUCCUUGAGUUGCCUUAUAAUUAAUUACCUUGUGCAAUUUUAGAUUAUUUUUGCAGUUGCCUUCUGACUAAUGAAUUUAGUUAUUUACUAUAUGUUUAGCCAUAGAUGACGGAGAACUUGAAAUUCCUUUUGACAAACUCAUAUUACUAUUCAACAUUCCUUACUAUGCGACAGAUUUUUGUUGUUGGCUCCAGGACUACUCAUCCUGUUAUUUUCGAUCUUUUUUGUUUCUGAUCUCAUAACCUUGUUCUCACAGAACCGUUAUGCAGAGCCGGUGGCUAUUUUGAACUGCUUUGGAUAUCACAAAGUAAUUUUGUUCUGAAUCUUAAUGGCAUGUUCUUGAUCCGGUGAGGCCUGCAAACACCAUCUUGGAUGUCUCGCGGGGAUGUCUUUGCUGGAAAGUUGAUGAACUUUCUAUUUCCAUGAACUUCCUCAAUAUACUCUAAACAAAUGCUGAAUGAAGUUCUAUCUGGAUGGAAAGUAAACAAAAGAGAGUAAAAGCUGAAGUGAGAGGGAAGGAUAAUAGGGAAGCUGCCAGCUAUGAGCGGCGGCAAAUACACUCAUGCAGGCCCGGUAGGACCAUUGCGGGUAGCUUCUUCUCCAUCAGAUCAAAUUCUAUGGAGUCAAGAGUGAGAACUUCUUCAUCAACCCAUGCCUCUCCAGCAUGUGGGAAGCUUGAUGGAGUAGCAACUUGGCUCAUCAAUGGCUUUGUCACAGCUUUCUUUGGAUCCUUGGAACGAUGCUCUUGUAUUCGUAUUGCCACAGCUGAAGACGACGGCGAUGAGGCGAAUGACGCUCCUUUGAUCCCAAAAGAUGUAAACCAUCGACAGGACGGCGAUGCAGCUGGCCGGAGGAGGGCCGGGAAAGGCAAGAAGUGUCAGCCACUUGUAGCUGCAAUUUAAUGAACAACUCUGCUACUUAUCUUGAAUAAUCCAAAUCAAAAGGCUACUCUUCUUCGUUGGUAAGUGAUAUGAAGAAGCUUCUGAAUCUGGGAAACGUACUGCUUUUCUAAAUUAUUUACAAGUGUUUACUGUUCUUAGCAACUCAAUCUCAGCUGCAAUUUAAUCUCAAUCUCAGUUAAUAACUUCAAUAACAACUCAAAUUUUGAUCUUCUC